ACUCGGAUGUUGAUACCUUCAGUGGGCUUCAGUUUGCGGAGUUCCCAAUUUGUAUUUUGAGUUUCAGUACCUGUAAUUUUAGUUAUUUUAAUAAUAAUUAUGAUUUCAUAAAAAAAUUAUUAUUUUAUAAAUUAGAUUGAUAAAUUUAUUAAAUUGUAUUUAAAGACUCUGACUUUAAAAUGGAUAAUAAUCGUGUCAUAAAAACUAACCCAGCUCCAACAGUGGAACAAAUAACAUCUGAUCACAUAACUCAGAUUGCCAGUAAAUAUUGGACACCGCAGGACAGUGAUUCACAUUCGCCGUUUAAUAAACAUGUUAUUGAAGACAUUUAUAUACAAGAAAUAUGCGCGUCAAAAUUUUCAAUACGGAGGAUAAUGAUGUUGGAGUACAGUUUGUACUUGGAAAAUUAUCUAUGGCCUAAUUAUCAAGCAGAAAGUGCUUCAAGAGCUCACACUCUUUCGAUAGUCGUUAUGGUGAAUGAAAAAUUUCGAGAAAGAGUUCAAGUUUGGGAUGUUUUUAAAAAUAAUCCUGCCGAGUUCUCGGGUUUUAUCCAACGAGUACUAGAAGCAUGUUUGGAAGACAGUAUUUUAGAUUAUGAUCUAAAAGAGCAGACUUCACUGAUAGUAUUUUUGAACCAUUGCUUCAACUCAAUGGAAAUUGAGCUGGUGAGAAAUGAAAUAAAACGACUGGUGUCGUUGUCAAUGUGGGUUUCGCUGCAGCAGGGACGGCGGGAACUGGAAUUUAAAAAACAUGAAAAGUGGAGAAAGCACUGGAAGAUUUUAAGAAAAAAAGACAAACCAGAGCUUAAGGAAAAGUUGGACUGGGAAAGGAAAUUUCUCCAUCGUCUAAUGAUUAAAUUUAUGGCAAUCUUAGACACAAUUACUGAAGACGCUCCUUUGAAUCCUGAUAAAGUCCACUACUGCGAAAGGUUUCUUGAACUGAUGAUUGACUUGGAAGCAUUACUACCAACUCGUCGUUACUUCAAUACAGUGAUGGAUGAUUGUCACCUGGUUGUCAGAUGCUCCCUCUCCAAUUUAUUGAAGAGACCUGAAGGUAAUUUAUUUGGUCAGUUACUAGAGAUGUUAAAGUUCUACGCAAAAUUUGAGAUUGACGAAAAGACUGGGGACACUCUCACUGAUCACGAUAUGACCCACAUUCACUACGAAAAAAUAACGUCACUCCAAAAAGCAUCGUUCGCUAAAUUUCCUGAUCUCCGGAGUUUUGCGAUGGCCAAUGUUGCGAGCGUCGACACGCGAGAAGCUCUGGAAAAACAUUUCGGUUCACUGAGUGAAGAAAAACUCAAAGCUGUUGCAUGUUAUUUGAAUCUUAUCCCACCAGCAGAAAGAGCUAAUGACGAAAACUGGUACCGUGUUGAUAAAUUUUUCCUACAGGAAUUACUGAUAUCCCGCCACGAACGCAGGUCAUCUCAGCUGGAAGAAUUGAACGAAAUGCCGCUUUAUCCUACGGAAGAUGUCAUCUGGAAUGAAAAUAUUGUUCCAACGGAAUAUUUUUCUGGAGAAAGCUGCUUGGCUUUGCCUAAAUUAAACCUACAGUUUCUUACUCUGCAUGAUUAUUUACUGAGGAAUUUUAAUUUGUUUCGGUUGGAAUCGACGUACGAAAUACGUCAGGACAUUGAAGACUCUGUUAGUAGACUAAGUCCUUGGAAGGCUGAAGACGAUGGAGUUUAUUUUGGUGGGUGGGCUCGUAUGGCACAACCGAUAACGCAAUUUGCCGUCGUGGAAGUCGCUAAGCCUAAUAUUGGUGAGAAAAGACCCUCGCGUGUACGCGCUGACGUCACGAUAAAUCUCAGUACGCGGAAAGAAAUAAAGUCCGAGUGGGAAAAUUUGAGAAAACAUGAUGUGUGUUUUCUUAUAACUGUUAAGCCACCAAAUCCCAUCGGUACUAAAUACUCACACAAGCUUCCGUUCCUGACGCAAGUGGGCUUGACAGCAGUACGUGGCUGCGAAAUUGAGGGUAUGCUGGAUUCAAACGGACGUGUGAUUGAGGAUGGCCCUGAACCCCGGCCUGUUUUGCCCGGAGACUCGAGAACUUACAGAGUUUGGUUGGAUUCCAACCAAUAUCGCAUUGAUAUGGACACCACCAGCCACGGCAAUGAAGAUAUUUAUGAAGGGUUCAGUAUAAUAAUGCGCCGUAAGCCCAAAGAAAAUAAUUUCAAAGCCGUACUUGAAACAAUUCGUGAGCUGAUGAAUACUGAAUGCGUCGUACCUGAUUGGCUGCACGAUAUCAUACUGGGCUAUGGUAAUCCCGGUGCUGCUGAGUACUCGGAGAUGCCCAAUAGAAUAUCGACUAUGGACUUCAAUGACACGUUCCUUGACAUCGACCAUCUGAAAUCCAGUUUUCCAGGCUACAAAAUAAAAGUUAAGUCGGAUGAUGUUGAUAAAUUGGUAAGGCCUUUCCGAAUAACGUUUGAAGAUAAAGAUAUUAUAACGGUAGAGUCUCAUGUGAUACCUAGUAGAGGUCCUUACAAAGCAAACCAACCGAAAAAAAAUCAGAUACCAUUUACUCCAACGCAAAUAGAAGCAAUUCGUGCGGGUAUGCAGCCUGGACUGACUUUGGUCGUUGGUCCACCUGGUACCGGUAAGACUGAUGUAGCCGUUCAAAUUAUUUCGAAUCUUUAUCACAAUUUUCCGAACCAACGUACUCUUAUUGUGACGCACUCCAAUCAGGCCUUGAAUCAACUGUUUGAAAAAAUUAUGGCGCUUGAUAUCGACGAGCGGCAUUUGCUUCGUCUCGGUCAUGGAGAAGAGGCACUGGAGACUGAAAAAGACUUCAGCCGUUACGGGCGAGUUAAUUACGUGCUAGCAAAGCGUAUAGAUCUACUAGCAGAAGUCCAGAGGCUCAAGGAAUCAUUGAACGUCAAAGGUGAUGUCGCGUAUACUUGCGAGACUGCUGGCUACUUCUUCAUGGACCAGGUUAUCACUCGUUGGCAAUCGUUUGAGUCCAAACUCAAACAAGUAUCUGCUGACAAUAUCACUAAUGUCACUGUCAUCAAAGAAGAGUUUCCGUUCACUAAAUUCUUCAGUAAUUCAAUGCAGCCACUGUUUAAGAGCCAGAGCUACGAAGAAGAUUUGGAGACUGCCCAUAGCUGCUUCAGAUACAUCGAGAGUGUCUUCAAGCAGCUGGAGGAAUUCCGAGCUUUUGAGUUGCUCAGAUCUGGCCUUGACCGGUCCAAGUAUUUGCUUGUUAAAGAGGCUAAAAUAAUAGCCAUGACUUGUACACACGCUGCUUUAAAAAGACGCGAAUUAGUUGACAUGGGAUUUAAAUAUGACAAUAUUCUUAUGGAAGAGUCGGCGCAAAUUUUAGAAAUUGAAACAUUUAUACCAUUGCUGCUACAAAAUCCAGAGGAUGGGUAUAAUCGUUUGAAACGCUGGAUCAUGAUUGGAGAUCAUCAUCAAUUACCACCUGUUAUUAAGAAUAUGGCGUUUCAAAAAUAUUCAAACAUGGAACAAUCACUUUUCACAAGAUUUGUCCGUCUUGGAGUACCAACUGUUGAUCUAGAUGCUCAAGGACGUGCAAGGCCGAGUAUUUGUAAUCUAUACAACUGGAGAUACAAAAAACUCGGCAAUCUUACGCAUGUUGAACGCAGUACCGAGUAUUUGACCGCAAACGCUGGAUUUUGCUUUGACUAUCAGCUCAUUAAUGUUGAAGACUUCAAUGGGAAAGGAGAAACCGAACCUACUGCUUACUUUUACCAGAAUUUAGCUGAAGCUGAGUACUGCGUUGCUGUCUUUAUGUACAUGAGAAUGCUCGGAUAUCCUGCUGAUAAAAUAAGUAUUCUGACAACUUACAACGGUCAGAAACAUCUCAUCCGAGAUGUCAUCAACUCGAGAUGCGCAAACCAUCCUCUUAUUGGCCGUCCCAGCAAGGUCACUACUGUCGACAAGUACCAGGGUCAGCAGAAUGAUUAUAUUUUACUAUCAUUGGUGCGAACUCGUGCCGUGGGUCACUUACGCGACGUCCGCCGUCUCAUUGUAGCCAUGUCUCGUGCUAGACUUGGAUUAUACGUUUUCGCCAGAGUCUCUUUGUUCAAAGAUUGUUUUGAAUUAAGACCAGUGUUCGAACAGCUGAUGCGUAGACCAGUAGUUCUGAAGUUGAUACCUGAUGAAAAUUAUCCGACUAAAAGACUCAAUGCUGACCCACCUUCAGCUCCGGUCGUAGAAAUGCGGGACACGUCUCAUAUUUCUCAUUUUGUUUAUGAAUUAUACACCAAAAAAGUUGCUAAUGAGAAGGAUGUGUACACGGAAUAUGUGAAACCGGCAAUGGCAUAUGAGGCAAAUGGUUCCAGUGGAUAUGAUGCAGGUAUUGAUGGUUCUAAUAAAGAAGGUAAAGAAGAUGAUGUUGAGAUGGUAGUAGAAAAUAAUAUUGAUUCUGAUGCUGCUGAUAAAAUAAGUAUGACUGUAGAAAAUAUAGGAGAAGAAGGAAAUAAUAAAAAUACUGAAGGUGUUGAAAAUACUGAAGAUGUUGAAAAUACAAAUAUGAUAGUAGAAAAUACAGGAAAAGAAAAUACUGAAGUUGAAAAAAUUAAUAUGACUGUAGAAGGUACAGAAGAAGGAAAUAAUAAAAAUACUAGGGAUGUUGAUAAAGAAAAUACAGAAGUAGAAAAUAAAGAUGCUGAAGAUGUUGAAAAAAUAAAUAUGACUAUAGAAAGUACAGAAGAAAAUACUGAGAGUAGUAAUAAUGAAACAAUUCCGAUAAGAAGUGAAGUAAAAAAUUCUAGCUCAACAAAAAAUCAUGAAGAACCAAUGGAAGAAGAUUAAAAUUAAUUAAUUUUUAUUAAUUCAAUUAUUUUUUACUGUAUGUUCUUUUAAUUAAUUUCUUAUCUGUAUAAAAAAAAAUUAGUUAUAAGCAAAAAAAAUGUUUGUAAGAUAAAAUAAAAAAAAACUUUUUUCAAAAU